AUGGCCAUGCAUAAACUUUCAGAUAAGGCAAAUGGUCCUCUAGAUAUGGUGAGCACUACCAAUGUAGACACCAUGAAUCUUCUUCACACGGCAGGUAACAAAGGUUCUACUAGUAGCAAUUAUGACGAUGCAAUGCAGUUCCUGAAGAAAAGAAGAUAUCUACAGUCCACUGGCAGCAACAAUGCCUAUGCUGUGAAUGUAGGGCAUAUGGGGGCACAACAGUCUGUCAUUCAGUCUGCAGUUUCCAGUGUUAUGGAAGGGGACGGCCCACUAACUCUUAUUGAUUCCCAUGCCUUGAAUGUCGAAAUAAAGAACUGCCAUGAUAAAUCCGUCAUUCCUGAUGAGGUGCUUCAGAGUAUCUUGGAUCACUACACUCAUAAAUCGGUCGGACACCCUGAUGUGUCAUUCAGCAUAGGCGAACAACAUGUAGAACUGCAAACGGCGAACGAUAAUGAUUUGGUCCAGGAGGAACACGUCUGCUCAGAUUCUCAGUCCACACCAAAUGAUAAGGCCAGUAUGUUUCAAGAGUAUUCAAAAUACCUUCAGCAAGCUUUGGAAAGAACAAGCCAUACGUCGUCAUUCCCUUUGGGUCCGAGUUUACAGUUUGUUAGCCUCUCUUCAUCUCUACCCAGCCCUUCUCUCUUUUCCGACAAACAUAUAUACACUACAUCUCCUCUUGAUUGUGGCUUUAGUCAGUCUGUCACAUCAGUAGUAUUGCCGUCCACUUUACCAAAGUCGAACUUUGGCAUGGUGGUUGGCCCCCAGACUGGCUUUUCCUUAUCUCUGGAGACAGCGCAGCAGCAGCAGUUGACUCCUUCGCAAGAGUUAGCUGAUCAAAUCGACACACAGAAACCAUUAGACACCUCCUCCAGCUACCAGAUCUCAUCUCAGGAAUUGAAUGGGCGGAAAGAUCAGCAAAAGAGCCUGGAGACACCUUCGGGCUAUCACCUUCAACCUCAGGAUUUGGCCAGUUCCUUAGAACAGCAGAAAGACAUGAAUCAGCAGCCGUGCCAGAUCGAGAACUUUGCACAAGCGUUUGGUUCUCAGUUUAAACCUGGCAGCCGGGUGCCAAUUUCAUAUAACACUAGCACUGAUGGGGGAGUGGAUCACAGGUUGAGGACUUCAACUCCAGAAUUCUCAGGGUACACAACUUUGCUAUCUGAUGUAACCGAAGCAGGUAGCACACGUGUGAAGACUUCAAAUAGUCAAAGUUUCAGGUGA